AUGCCAAGGACGAGAAGUAAAUCGACAGUACUGCAAAUUGCAAGCGAUGUGCUUGCAGUGAACAAUGAUUCUACAUCGCUACAUGAAAAAAUCAUCCCUAGCCCGACUACAUUCAGGCGCUCGAGGUCCAAAUCAGAUUCAUGCGGCCGGCCAGCUCCCUUAAUCAAAUACGACUACUUAUACCCUUUGUGCCAGCAAGAGGAACAAUUGCUAUGGUCAAAGUUUGUGGAAUUAUUUGAUUAUGAUGUUGUGUUAAAAGAUGACGACAUAAAGCAUAUCAACGCCGAACACUUGGAUUCAGUGCUUGGAUUUCGGAGUAACUUACGAAGGAAUCGAGAUCAACUAAGAGAGCUCACGAGCCAGACAGAUGCAUUGCUACAAAGCACAAAUGAGUGUUUUGACAAGUAUAAACAAAUUUCAGAUGAAACCCUGGACUUUGAUGCUUUGGCCAACGAAUUACUAGAUAAGCAAAACUUAUACCAACAAAAGUACAACAAAAUUCAUUCGAAUUUGAAGCACUUUGAACAUUUGGAGUCCAUCACGAAAAGUUUAUCAAAAUCAGGUACACACUUGCUCACUAACCGACGCUCUUUUUUCAUCAACGAUAUUUUGUUACACUUGGACGAUUCGUUGGACUUUAUGGAAAUGCACCCUGAGUUUAGAGAUUGUGAGUUGUACAAAAGUAGAUUUCGUCAAUGCAUGACCAGAGCCUUGACAUUGGUCAGAAACUACUUAAGUAACGAGUUGAGGGGUAUAAAUGACUCGGUAAGUAUGAAAUUAAAACAUGCUUCAGACAAUUCAAAGCAAAUCGUAACCAUAGAUUUGCUAAUCUACAACGAGUUCAAUACCUACUUAAAAUACAAUGAAGAAGUGUUUCACGAGUUGGUCAUGGAGUUGUUCAAGAGAAGCACUAAACAUGAGGAGUAUAAUGGAUUGAUCAAUGAUGUGUUGACCACUUAUUUCCAAACACGGGCAAAAUUAUUGAAACAAUACAUUGACAAAACAUCAACCAUUGACAAGUUUUAUACAAAGCAAUUUGAGACAGAUUUAGUCCAAACAUGCCAAGACCAGAUAUCGUAUUUCAAAAAGAUCAUUGAAAGAGAGUUUACAUUGUUUAGCAAAUUCUUUAACCCAUUAUCCUAUGAGAAUGAGUUGAAAACAAUGAUUUGGGAGGAGUUUUACAAUUUCUUGAAAAGCGUACUUGAUCCUUUGUAUGAUGGUGUACGCUUGUUGGUCCUCAAAGAGGUCAAUAUCAGCUCAUUGUGUCAAUUGACAACUUUGUUACAAAAGUAUUAUGAGUUUGAAGAUGGAGAAGACCCCAAUGGCAGCUUAAUAGACACACAGAGCUACUUUGGGCUGGUGCAACUGGAUACUAUCAAAUACGGCGUUUUAUUCCAGCCGAUAUUGGAUGACACUCAAAAUCGGUUAAUUUUUAGAAUUCAGAACUACAUCGAUACCAAGUUGAUGAGAUACAAGCCCAGCGCAGUGGAUUUGAAAAUUGGCCACAAAAAGCAGUCUAAAAUGAAAACUAUCAAUACCUUGGAUGCUGAUUAUGACGAGAAUUUAUUCCCUGAUGUAUACCUCCCCUUGGCCAAGGCAAUGACGAUAUUGUCCAACAUAUACGAACUAAUCAAUUCCGUUGUAUUUGAUGAUAUGGCUCACUAUAUCGUUCACGCGUGUAUUGCCUUGUUGAAAGGCGAAUAUUCAAAGUUGAUUGUUGCUCAUUUAGGUGUCGUUGAAGGAAAGUUAUCAUACCUUCACAAUUUGAUAAUUUUACGCAAUCAAAUCAAAAAUUUUGACAUACACUUUACAAGAACCGAUUAUUCGAUAGAUUUCACUAGUGGUAUAUCAGACAUUUGGAAUAUGUUGAGGAGAAGGAGCACUACAGAACGCGGAGGAUUCUUUGAAAUAGCUAAAAGAACGGUUCCAAGGGUAAUCAACAAUAUGAUUGAUGCUAAUUAUGAGAUUGAAGUUGAACUAAAUACAGCAGUAAGCGAGUUUCUCACUUAUUGUUCAAACAAUAUUUGCGCACCAAUUAUUCAAACAAAAGAAGACAUCAUCAACAAAAAGUCGUUAUCUCAAUUUAAAGACAAUAUAAUUAUCAAGAUCCCCAAUCUAUACAACGAUAUUAAAUCCAUAGUCAACGAUCCUGUUGUCACGCACUUUUUGAUGAAUAACUUGACCAAUAUAAUCUUGUUGGCUUAUGAAGAAUUCCUUAAUAACGUAAAUGUACAAAUUUCGAAACUGGAAGAUGGUGAAGACAUCGAUUUGAUGGAGAUCGAUGCCUUGUCUGGGUUUAUUGGUGACAUUGUAAAUCAGUUAUACGAAGAUGAACAACAAGAUGCACCGAUAUUCAACGAGGAUAUAUUGGAAAACCUUGAAUUGGAUGACACAGAUGUUGAAGUGUCGGAUCCCAUAGACGUGAAUUCGAAUAACUUGGACCCGGCUGAGCUUAAAUUUAAUCAAGAUGGCAAUGGGCAAGUAAACACGGUCAACAAAUCGCCGUCUCCAACAUCAGCGGUAUGA